AUGGAUUUAACCGGUCAAAAUCCGAUUGAAUUAACAACUUUCGUGAAUCCGCAUUUGUUUUGGUUUAUACUAAAAACCGACGCACGUUCCGAGCAACUUAACAAUUUAAACAAGCAAUUCCAAAAGUUUGAUACAUUCAAAAAUUCCAAUGAUUCCUUCGAAAUUGGAGAGAUUGUAGCAACUAAGAUAAGCGAAAAAUUCUACCGAGCUGUAAUAGAGCACGUCGAAUUCGAAAACGAUAAAUUAUGCUCGUACUUGCUAUGGUUAAUAGAUUUCGGUUUAAUGAGGGAGAGUAACGAUGUUUUCAAAUUGCCUUCGUCCCUAAGGAAAUUUCCUCCAUUAGCAAUACAGGCAGCCCUCAAUAAUGCCGUGUAUAUUCAAAAGGUGAUCGAAUAUAACGAAUUCGGCCAACCUUGCUCGCUCAAUAAACAUUACUUAAACCCUAAUCCGAGGUGUAGGAAUGAGUGUUAUCAAUGGUUAUCAAAAACUUGCAGUCUCACUGGUUUGAAUUUUAAGUUUGAGAAAAAAGAAGAAGGCAUAGCUUUCGGAGACAUUGUUCUAAAUGAUAAUGCAGUAUCAUUAAGAGAUCAUUUAACAAAAAUUGGAUCUAUGGCAGUUGACGAGGAGUUGUUUAAAGGUUUACCGGAAUUUAUUUGCAACUAUAAGGAAAAUCACUUGUGGUCGAUUUUCAAAAUUUGCAAACAGGAACCUUAUCUGUUAGAUAAGGAAAAUCGUAAUAAACUAGAAGAUACCUGUUCGAAGAUUGUUUCAAAAGUGCUCGAUGAAUUCAAUCAUUCCGAUUUACUAAACAUCGAAGAUGAGAUGUCUGAGCACUUAUGGCGGUCGAACAGAUCUAGAACUGAUGACACGUUGACUUCUAUAGAAAGUACAACUUCAGAUAACGAGACCCCGAUAAAAAUAAAAACAAAAAAGGAAAAAAUGAUGGAGAAAUUGAGGCGACGCAACAAGCCCCAACUGCCCGAUGUGCCAGAGAAGAAACCCAUUGACGCUCCCGAACCAGCCAAAUCGAGCAAAAAAAUAAUCUUUUGCGCUGCCGGCAGUGAAAGGAGUUUCAACAAAUCUAAAAAACCCACUACUCCUCGACGAGACACCCAACACUCCUCACGACAAUCCCCAAACCCUUCGAAGAACUCCACAGGACCCGAACAAUCCUCAUCGGAAGCGAACCGCUGCACUUCGCAAACGGAAAACGAAGAAAAGUCUUCGAUGAGCAGUUCCUCCGAGCACCACGAAAACCUCCAUUCGGACUCCCCGUCCGUGGGAAAGAUUAAACUCAAACCGUACUGCAGCUGCAAGCAGUGCCGCGUUUGGACGCAGGAAGACAACGUUUUCAUUGAAAAGUUUCCCGAACGAAGAAAAACCGAGAAAAUCGUAGGCCGUAACGAUCAAUUUCUGUUUAGGGACUCCAACGCUGCUAGUAACGUUAAAAUCUGUUCGUUGGAUUACGCCUCGAUGACCAAAAUGAAGAAGCAAAUGAUGAUGAAGCUGUUGGUUCACAGCGAGAGUUACGUCAGCCCCGUUCAACAGAUGACGACUAUCGCUUUCCACGAAAACAUCCUCAACAGUCUCAAAAAGCACGAGUAUAAAGAGCCCAAGCGCAUCCAAAAGUACGCUUGGCCGGCCAUUCUUCGCAACCAGCACGUUUUCAUGAUAAGCGGGCCGCAAACCGGUAAAACCAUGGCGUAUCUACCGGUGGUUUGUACGUUUUUGAUGGAGAAGCGCGAGAGAUACAGCUCGUUGCUCAAAGUAGCCGGAGGGCCUAUCGUCACCAUCAUCUGUUCUAACACCAGUAAAUGCGAGGAGGUGUUUGAUUUGACGAGAAUAAUCUUCGGGAAUCUAAAAUUAAAUGUCGCCCUUGUGACCUAUCCUCUAGCUCACGUCAACACUAGCCAUACUGAUAUGUUAAUCACGACUCCCAGCAUCCUCAUCGAUCUGCUGAAAAAUAGAAGUAUUAAUUUCAAACGACUGUGUCAUUUGGUAUUGGAAAACGGCGAUGAGCUCUUACGAGAUCAUAGCGAAGCGAUGAAUUCUAUUUUUGAUUUGGUGCAAUCGAUGUUGAAAAAUAGAGUUUUCACCAAAGCUCUGCAGCUUGUCGUGUGUGCUGAACAUUGGAACUACCAGCUCAAAUCUUUGGCGGGGAAAUUGCAGCAAAUUCCAAUGAUAUGCAUCGGUCAUUAUUUAGAAGCUGCUUUAUAUGGAAAUCUCGAAUUUUCGAUGAAAUUUAGCAACUCCUCGUGCAAACUGCAAGAAUUAAAGAAUUUGUUGAAAGACACUUAUAAAACGAAUAAAUCCAUAGUAAUAUGUAAAGAAGAAGAUAUUGAAGAAAUUCACGAUAUAUUGAGUCUGAAAGGAAUUAUCAGUAUUCCGGUUUAUGCCAAUUUGUCGCAGGAAGAAAUAAAUAGCUACGAAGAAGGCUGGACAGAAGCAAAAGAAGGUGCCUUUUCGGUUCUUAUAUCCAACGACUCCACUGUUGAUACUUUACUAAAUAUCACGUGUGCAACAACACUAAUACAUUAUUCGUUGCCCAAAUCAUGGUCUAAGUUUGUAAAACGGUUUAGUUGCCUCUUGGAAAAUUGCAGCAGCCCUUUGGAAAAUAAGCCACGUAAGACCGUUUCCAAGAGCAUAGUUCUCUGUGAUGAAAGCUGCAAAGAACAAAUGUUCAAGUUCUUCAACUUCAUUAACAGUACGGAUCUUAAGAAACAAUUACCCGAAAAAAUUCAACGGUUCUCCGAUUCGUUGAAGAGAACUGAGGAGGAACAAAAGCUGGAAAAGGGGAUAUCUCUUUGUGGUAAUUUAAAACUUUUCGGUAAAUGUACGAAAAUGAAUUGCUCCAGACGGCAUUUAAUCGCGGAAAAUUCGGAUGUUUCCGAUGAUUUACCGAAAUCCGGAAAAAUCAAGUUCAAAAUCGUAGACGUUGCUGAUGUUACGACUUUUUCAAUACAAUUACUUCAACAUGUGGACAAUGACAGCAAAGUCUACGAACGUGAGGAAUUUGACAACGUUACAGAAGAAUUGACGGCUACUCUGCGAUUAGGAAGGAAAAUUAUGUAUAAUCCUGUUAUAGGACAUCAUUAUUCUUUUUAUAAUAGCGACGAGCAAGGGGAAUUAUACCACAGGUGCGAAGUUUUAGACAUUAAAAACGACUGCAUUCGAAUAAAACUAUUAGAUAAAGGAAGUAUUGUUAAUACAACGACCAGCAGAAUAUAUCGAUUGCCCAAAGAAUUCGAAACUGAUGUAAAACCACGAGCAACAAUUGACGCUAUUUUAGCGAAUUACGUGCCACCGUACAAUGACGAAAAUUUCUCCGCCAAAUCAUUCUACAAUUUAAAAACCCUAUUAGAGGAGCACAAUUACAAAAAUAUAAUUUUUACGGCCGAGGUGCACCUUCAAUUAAAUCAAACUUUGUGGCUGAAAGACGUCCACGAAGAGGUCAUUUUAUCUGAUAAAAUCAUACCCGGUUUCCAACUAUCGAGGGAAAUAUUAACCAAGAAAUUGGCCCAGCACGACUUAGGGCAAUUGAUUUAUUUACACCAGCUGUGUAAAGACGCGAAUAUUGUUCUACCGGAUUACGAAAAACCGAAAGUUCAGUAUUCGGUGAAAAAAGAGGAGAAAAAUUAUCAAUGGGCCUAUCUGGAUAAUGAUGAGAUCAACGAAGUUACGUUUUCCUCUGCUUUUUCUCCAGAGGAAAUAUACGUCCGGUUAAAUAAAUUCAGCGAUUUGCUUUAUACAUUACAAAAGGAAAUCCAAGAGAGCAUUAAAAGACCCAACUACCCGAAACUCCAAAAUGUUAAUGUUGGAGAAGUCUAUUUAGCUAAAGACUCCGUUAGCCAAGAGUACUGUAGAGUAUUAGUAGUUAAGAAAGAAUUGGAGCAAGUAUUAUGUUUCUUCCUCGAUUUUGGAGAUGAAACAGUUUUACCUAUGAACGAAUUGAAGUAUAUUCUACCCAUUUUUAUUAGCAAACUUCCAUUUCAAUGCAUUCAAUGCCGUUUACAUGGCGUAAAAUCUCUCUCUGAAGAAUGGGAACAGGAAGCUACGAAUGUAUUAUAUGAUUAUUCUACCGAACCUCAUACUGACAUAUUCAGAUUGUUGUAUGCAAAAGUGUGCAAGAAAGAAAAUCCGACAACUGGACGAGGAAAUAAGUAUUCUAUUUUACUAAAAGACGGUUUCGGUGAAAAAAAAUCCUUGCUUAAUCAGCUGCUAAUUGAUUGCGGAUUGGUUGCUGUAGAAGAAAUGGAGGAGCUUAAUGAUUUUGAGAUUCCUGUGCAGGAAUACGAAUCGUCCGAACCCGAUGAAGAAUAUACGAAAAUUAAUGAGAUUCUCACGACUACUAAAAAUCUGUGUAAUCACUUGCACAAAGAUGAAGCAGAAGAACACGAACCAAAAAUAGAUGAUUUGGAAAUGUUUACGUAUGGUGAUCCUAUGGACUUUUUUUCACAAUUGAUGAGAAGAAAUGAACCGCCUAUACAAAGCAACAGAGAAUUACCUGCUAUAACUGCCGUUCCAGCAGUUGAUUAUUACACACCAGAUAUAGUUUGGUCACAAGAUGAUGAUACUAUUAAGCUUCACAUUAAAUUAGUCGAUGUCAAAGAUUACACACUAAAUAUAGUUAAAGGGAGGAUCUUGAAUUUCAGAACACUCAAAGAUAAUAAAACGUAUUCCGUAAAAUUUCUGUUAUACGAGAUAAUCGAAAGUUGUCAGGACACGCUUUUUGGGCAUGGCAUAAAAGUCACUCUGAAGAAAAUAAAGAAAAUAGAAUGGCCGCGAUUGACUCUCUCGCAUAAGAAAUACAAAAAUAUAACGUAUGAUUUGCAGACGCUUUGUGAGAACGAAGAGGAGAAGAAUGUUUUGUUGCAAUUACCGAAAGAUCUGGACAUCGAAGACGAUGAUGAAUUGGGCGAGGACGAGCCUAUGUAUGUCGUUGAAUCCGACCUGGAUUCCGACUUGGACGUGGAACUUCCUAUGGAUUUUUUUUAA